CCGGAUGUCAGUUGUUAGGUUCAUUUCCUCAUAACUCAUGGCAGUGGGGGAGUGAGGAAAACUGUGUUUGCACGGCUGGUCCUGAGUUUUUUCCGUCGAAGUUUCCGCAGCUUUUGCAAUUUCUGGAGCGAUCGAGUAAAUCCGGUGGAGAAUCGAUGUGCCUGCGGCGACUGUCGGGAAGUUUACCGGGUCAUGAAGGCGUAGUUAGCCGGGUCGAGACGACAGUGGUCUGAAAAGUUGGCCCGCCCCUAGCUAGUUGAGAUGGCAGAUCUCACCGUUCAUUCAUCCCAAACUCUCCUGCUCUGAGGACUGUUGGUCGACUUUUACUCCUGCCAGCCGACCAUGGGGGAACCGUCGAGCUUUCUCCACAUCGGCGACAUCGUGUCCCUGUUCGCCGAGGGCUCUGUCUGCGGCUUCAUAUCAACUCUUGGUCUUGUCGAUGACCGCUGCGUGGUCCAACCAGACGCGGGCGACCUCUCCAACCCGCCCAAGAAGUUCCGAGACUGCCUGUUCCGGAUCUGUCCCAUGAACCGGUAUUCUGCCCAGAAGCAGUUCUGGAAGGCAGCCAAACCCAACCCCUCCAACCCUGCUGAUGCCGUCCUGCUCAAAAAGCUACAGCAUGCAGCAGACUUGGAGAAGAAGCAGAACGAAGCUGAGAACAAGAAGCUACUUGGCAGUGUUAUUCAGUAUGGAGGAGUCAUACAGCUUCUCCAUCUCAAGAGCAACAAGUUCCUGACAGUGAACAAGCGCCUCCCGGCACAUCUGGAGAAAAAUGCAAUGAGAGUCACCCUCGAUCCAUCUGGAAAUGAAGGGUCAUGGUUUUACAUCCAGCCUUUCUACAAGCUGAGAUCACCAGGGGAUAAUGUUGUUGUUGGAGACAAAGUUACUCUCAUGCCAGUCAAUGCAGGACAACCUCUCCAUGCCAGUAACUAUGAGCUGGUGGACAACCCAGGCUGUAAGGAGGUGAACUCUGUAAACUCGAAUACGAGUUGGAAGGUCUCCCUCUUCAUGAUCUACACAGAGAACAUUGAUGACGUGCUGAAGGGAGGUGACGUGGUGCGACUGUUCCAUGCGGAGCAGGAGAAGUUUCUGACAGGAGAUGAGUACAAGAGGAAGGAGUGUGUGUUCCUGAGGGUCACGGCCAGACAAUCAGCCACCUCAGCCACAAGUUCUAAAGCCUUGUGGGAAGUUGAGGUGGUUCAUCACGACCCCUGUAAGGGUGGCGCCGGUCACUGGAACAGCCUCUUCAGGUUCAAACACCUGGCCUCCGGGACCUACCUGGCAGCAGAGAUUGACCAUGACCCGACCCCUGACACCCAGCGGCAGAAGCUGGCAGGUCCGCAGGGCGGGAUGGUGUACCAGCUGGUCCCCAUUCCACACGGCCACGACAUCGCUUCCAUAUUUGAACUGGAUCCCACCACCAUGCAGAGGGCAGACUCACUGGUCCCAAGGAACUCAUACGUGCGUCUGCGACAUCUGUGUACAAACACCUGGGUACACAGCACAGCUAUACCCAUAGACAAGGAGGAGGACAAACCUGUCAUGCUUAAGGUCGGUGCUGCUCCAAUCCGGGAGGACAAGGAGGCCUUUGCCAUUGUUCCCGUCCCUGCCAACGAAGUCCGAGACCUGGACUUCGCUAAUGACGCCUGCAAGGUCAUGCAGGACAUAGCUGGGAAACUGGAGAAAAGCAGCAUCACUCAGAACGAACGAAGGUUUGUGACCCAGCUGCUGACAGACUUGGUGUACUUCCUGGCAGACAAGCCCAACAACGGAGGGGACCCCCUGGACGUACAGAUCACCAACCCCAACAGGGAGAGGCAGAAGCUCAUGAGAGACCAGAACAUUCUCAAACAGAUCUUCAAAGUGCUGCAGGCCCCGUUCGAGGACAAGGGAGACGGGCCCAUGCUGCGGAUGGAGGAGCUGUCUGACCAGAGACACGCACCCUUCAGACACAUCUGCAGGCUGUGUUACAGGGUGCUCAGGCUGUCACAACAGGACUACAGGAAGAACCAGGAGUACAUAGCGAAGCAGUUUGGUUUUAUGCAAAAGCAGAUCGGCUAUGAUGUGUUGGCUGAAGACACCAUCACAGCUCUUCUGCACAACAACAGAAAACUGCUGGAGAAGCAUAUCACCGCUGCUGAGAUCGAGACCUUCGUUAGCCUCGUUAGGCAGAAGAAGGAGUGCAGAUUUCUGGAAUACCUGUCGGACCUGUGUGUGUCCAAUAACCAGGCCAUCCCGGUCACCCAGGAGCUGAUCUGUAAAUCUGUCCUCAAACCAGCCAACAGUGACAUCCUCACAGAAACAAGAAUUGUGAAGACAGAAGUUGAGGAGGUGAUAGAGGAUGAGGAGGGGGAGGAUGGGGAGCCCAUCACACAGAUAGUGGAGGAGGAGGAGGUGGUCCUGUUCUGGGAGAAGGGACACAAACACAAGGCCAUCCGCGAGCUGGCCGCUGAUGCCGAGGAGUCCAAGGAAGACAAACAAGUUAUGGACUAUUAUAGAUACCAGCUGGACCUGUUCUCCCAGAUGUGUCUGGACAGACAGUACCUGGCCAUCAACAUCCUCUCAACUCAACUGGACAUCAACCUUAUAUUACAGUGCAUGUCGGAUGAGUCGUUGCCGUAUGACCUGCGUGCCUCGUUCUGCCGGCUGAUGCUGCACAUGCAUGUGGACAGGGACCCGCAGGAACAGGUCACCCCUGUCAAGUAUGCACGCCUCUGGUCCGAGAUCCCCUCCAAAAUUACUAUAGAGGACUAUGACUCCACCAGGGACAAAAGUAAGGCGGACAUGAGGCCCAGGUUUGAGGACACCAUGCGGUUUGUGGAGCGCUACCUCCGGCAUAACCUUGCCGAUAAUGCCAGAGGCUGGCAGUUUGCUGACAGGAACCAGAACAAACUAACAUUUGAGGUGGUGAACCUGUCCCGACACCUGGUGUACUUCGGCUUCUACAGCUUCAGUGACCUGCUGAGACUGACCCAGACCCUCCUGUCCAUCCUGGACAUCACCAACUCCACCACGCCUGUCCUGGCACUGGGCAAGAUGGACAAAGUGUCCGAGCUAGUGGGUAAGACGGGGGUGUUCAAGUCUCUGCACGACGUGAGCGCCGUGAUGACCACCAUGGUGCUGGGCGGAGGGGGCAUGUCCGGGGGGAAGGCCCUGAAGGCUGGGGACGGGGAGAUGGACACCAUCGUCAUGGACACCAAACUGAAGAUCAUUGAAAUUCUGCAGUUUAUCCUGAAUGUUCGUCUGGACUAUCGCAUCUCCUGUCUCCUGUCCAUCUUCAAGAAUGACUUUGACGAGAGUAACAGCAGCCAGCGAGGCGACACUCUGCCUGGGCUGGGCACCAACGCACAGGACAACUCUGUGGUAGACUUAGAGAAGAUUGCACAACAAGCAGAAAGCAUCUUUGAUGGCAGUGAUGAGUCAGCAGAUCUGGACCUGGAUGGUGCGGGAGGGCGGACAUUCCUGAGAGUACUGCUGCACCUGACCAUGCACGACUACCCACCCCUGGUGUCAGGUGCACUCCAGCUGCUCUUCAGACACUUCAGCCAAAGGCAGGAGGUGCUGCAAGCCUUCAAACAGGUCCAGCUGCUGGUGUCCUCCAGCGAUGUGGAGAACUACAAGCAGAUAAAAGCCGACCUGGACGAGCUCAGACUGCUCGUGGAGAAAUCGGAACUCUGGGUCUACAAGAGCAAGAGUGAAGGCGGCAAAAAGGAGAAGAAGGAGUCCAGUACAGGGGACCUAGACGGGGGCGGAGACAAGAAGAAGAAGUCUGAGGGGGACAAAAAGGAAGGGAAAUCGCGAGAGAAGUUGAUGUCACAAGAGUCGUCCAUUGCCGAUGAUGACAUCAUUUAUCCUGUUCGGGUGACCCGAGAACAAUGGAUUCAGUCAGUCCACAUGUCAAAGGCAAAUACUGCAUUAAAAGGCAUGUCCUUGACGUCGUCCCAGGGUCCUGAAGGUUCUGCCAUUGACCUUGACAUUGGACCUGCCAUGGACCAAAACAGUGUCAAGAAUUACAAGACCAUCCAACAGGUUCUGAUUCGCCUGAGCCAGCUGUGUGUCCAUCAGUCCAGUGGGAAGAACAGGAAACACGAGCAGCGACUGCUGAGGAACAUGGGAGCACACAGUGUCGUCCUGGAGCUCCUACAGAUUCCCUUUGAUAAGAAGGAAGACACCAGGAUGAACGAGAUCAUGCGAUUGGCCCACGAGUUCUUACAGAAGUUCUGCCAAGGAAAUCCGGCCAAUCAGGCACUACUACACAAGCAUGUGGACCUGUUCUUGACUCCUGGGCUCUUGGAGGCUGAAACCAUGAGACACAUCUUCAUGGACAACAGCAUGCUAUGCAAUGAAGUGACAGAGAGGGUGGUACAGCACUUUGUCCACUGCAUUGAGACCCACGGCCGCCAUGUGCAGUAUCUGAAGUUCCUACAGACCAUUGUUAAAGCAGAGGGGCAAUACAUCAGGAAAUGUCAGGAUAUGGUCAUGGCUGAGUUGGUGAACGUAGGAGAAGACGUCCUGCUGUUCUACAACGACCGGUCGUCCUUCAACACGCUGAUCGAGAUGAUGCGGUCUGAGCGGGAGAAGAGACAGCUGAGCAGCCCCCUGAUGUACCACAUCAACCUGGUCCAGCUGCUGGGGCUCUGCACGGAGGGCAAGAACGUGUACACCGAGAUCAAGUGCCACUCCCUCCUCCCUCUGGACGAUAUCAGCAGGGUGGUGGUGCAUCCAGACUGUCUACCUGAGGUCAAAGAUGCUUACAUCAACUUCCUGAACCACUGCUAUGUGGACACGGAGGUGGAGAUGAAGGAAAUCUACACCAGUAACCACAUGUGGACUCUGUUUGAGAACUUCCUCAUCGACAUGGCCACGGUUUGCAAGACGACAGAUCGUAACCACGCCGACCCCGUGCUGGAGCAUUACGUCACCAACACCAUCAUGAACAUCAUCACCAUGUUCUUCAGCUCCCCCUUCUCUGACCAGAGCACCACAGUUCAGACCCGACAGCCAAUCUUCGUCCAGCUGCUGUCCGGAGCGUAUCGUGUGUCGCAGUGCACAUGGCUGAACACACAGCAACGCUGCAUGGUGGAGACUUGUAUCAAGACCCUUACAGAAAUAGCGAAGAACCGUGGCAUAGCCAUCCCUGUGGACUUGGACAGCCAGGUGAACACCCUGUUCUCCAAGUCCCAACUCCUCAUGGCCACCUCCCGUAAGUGGCUGAGUACGCGGGGCUCGUCACGACGAGACUCCAUCAUGGCCAUUUCACGGGACACCAGGAGCAUCAUUGAAGGGUUGCAGGACAUUGUGUCCUUGCUGGAGGACCAGCUGCGGCCGCUGGUGCAGGCGGAGCUGUCUGUGCUGGUGGACGUGCUGCACAGACCUGAGCUGCUGUUCCCGCCCGGCUCCGAGGCCAGGCAGAACUGUGAAUCCGGCGGCUUCAUCUCCAAGCUCAUCAAACACACAGAGAGGCUGCUAGAGGAAAAGGAGGAGAAAUUGUGCAUCAAGGUGCUGCAAACUCUCAAGGAAAUGAUGACCACGGACAUUGACUACGGAGAAAAGGGUGACAAGUUACGCAGCAGCUUGUUGACACGGUACUACGGGAAGCAGCACCCGCGGGCAGAUCGCAACCGCAAGGAGAGCGGCUCGCCGAAUGCACAGCCUCCCCAGCGCCCGUCCGUGGCCAACCCCGCCCCCGGGGCACAGAUGGUGGGGAGGGCGGAGAUGUCGUUGGCAGAGGUGCAGUGCCACUUGGACAGAGAGGGGGCGUCGCUCCUGGUCACAGACUUGGUCAUCAAUAGCACCAGUAACAGGGUUUUUGAGGAAGCAGUGGAGCUUGGGAUAGCAUUGCUAGAAGGUGGCAACAGUACCAUACAGAAAUCUUUUCUCAACCACCUGCGGGAUGAAGGAAAGGCAGAAAAGUUCUUCAAGGUUUUCUAUGACCGUAUGAGAGAGUCUCAGCAAGAGAUCAAGGCCACGGUCACUGUCAGUACCGGGGACAGUCUGUCUGGAAACAAGGAGAACAAGGAUGUAGCAGUGAAGGACACACCAGCAAAAAUAAAGAAAGAGCAGCCAGAGGAGAAUCUAACAUCUAUCUACAGGACUAUGGUCCAAGUCUUGAAUUUUCCAAGAAAAUACCGGGAGAGGGUUAGAAAGCAUGAUUUGUUAGAGGCAGCUGACCACACGUUGAAGGCCUUUGGUAAACUUAGGCAUUACACCACCAGGCGUAGGCUGUCGGCAUAUGACCAGUGUAACUGUGCAGGUUCAGGCAGCCCAGGUGCAGCCAUGUCGGAUGACGUGAGGGACCAGCUGGCAGAUGCAGCGCUGCAGACCAGUAAGGCGUUUGGUGCCAUGAGGCAGGGACCACAGGGAGAGGAUGCCGCCAACCCUCUCUCAGGGUUUGACAAGGAGACAGAGAAGAAGAACGAGGAGCGAGGCAUGAGUCCUGAGAUCGCCAUCAUGAAGCCCAUCCUGAGAUUCCUGCAGCUACUGUGUGAGAACCACAACAGGGACCUGCAGAACUACCUGCGGAAUCAGAACAACAAGACCAACUACAACCUGGUGUGUGAGACGCUGCAGUUCCUGGACUGUAUCUGUGGCAGCACCACCGGUGGGCUGGGCCUGCUGGGACUGUACAUCAACGAGAAGAACGUGGACCUCAUCAACCAGACACUGGCCAGUCUGACCGAGUACUGCCAGGGUCCCUGCCACGAGAAUCAGAACUCCAUAGCCUGCCAUGAGUGUAACGGAAUUGACAUCAUCACGGCUCUGAUCCUCAAUGACAUCAACCCUCUGGGUACACACCGUAUGGACUUGGUGUUAGAGCUCAAGAACAAUGCCAGUAAGCUGCUACUUGCUAUCAUGGAAAGCAGACAUGACAGUGAGAAUGCUGAAAGGAUCUUGUACAACGUCAGUCCAAAACAGCUGGUUGAUGUGAUCAAGAGGGCGUACAUGCAGGAGGAGAUGAAGGAUGAUGAGGAUGAUGAGGACAGUGAGGAGGAUGAGGAGGAGGACAAGGUGUCGCCCAAGGAAGUCGGCCACAACAUCUAUAUCCUGGCACAUCAGCUCUCGCAGCACAACAAGGAGCUGGCAGCCCUGCUGAAGCCCAGUAGUGCUGCAGACUAUGGCAACACAGCCCUGGAGUACUACGCAAAACACACUGCACAGAUCGAGAUUGUGCGUCAGGACAGGACCAUGGAGAGGAUUGUGUUCCCCGUGCCCAGUAUCUGUGAGUACCUGACGGAGGAGACUAAGUCGCGCGUCUACCACACCGCCGAGCGCGACGAGCAGGGAAGCAAGGUGUCUGACUUCUUUGAGAGAUGUGACGACAUGUUCAACGAGAUGAAAUGGCAGAAAAAACUCAGAGCCAAUCCCACCCUGUACUGGAUCAGUGCACACAUGUCCCUGUGGAGCGCCAUCUCCUUCAACCUGGCCGUCCUCAUCAACCUCCUUAUAGCCUUCUUCUUCCCCUUCUCAGGAGGAACAGGAGAACUUGACCCGCGGCUGUCCGGCCUGGUGUGGACGGCCAUGCUGGUGUCCUUGGCAACAGUCAUCACCCUGCCCAAGGCUUCUGGGAUACGAACGCUCGUGGCCUCCACCAUACUCAGGCUCAUCUUCAGCGUAGGGCUGGAGCCAACCCUGUGGUUAAUAGGUUGUGCAAAUGUUAUAAAUAAAGCUGUGUUCCUGGUCAGUCUGCUGGGGAACAGGGGAACCUUCACCAAGAACGUCCAGGCCAUCAUGGGGGAUGUGGAGCUGUGGUACUACGUGGCUUACCUCAUCCUCUGUGUGCUGGGGCUCACCAUGCACGAGUUCUUCUACUCAGUACUCCUCCUGGAUGUCGUGUACAGAGAAGAAACCCUGUUGAACGUGAUCCGGUCAGUCACCAGGAACGGACGGUCCAUUGUCCUGACCGCGGUGCUGGCCGUCAUCCUCAUCUACCUGUUCUCCAUCAUCGGUUACCUGUUCUUCGAGGACGACUUCUUGGUGGACGUAGACCCGGCACCUCACCUGAUGCCAGCUCUAGCUGGAGGAGGGAUGAUGUGUACACAGGAGGGCGGUUGUGAGGGUACAGACUCACCCAUGGCAGCUAUGUUUGGUUCCAAUAACACAGAGAAUGUUACGGAGGUGUUGCUGCCUGUAGAGGAGGGGGGUGGGGAUGAGAAGGAGAGAGCCUGUGACACCCUCAUCAUGUGUAUCAUCACCACCCUGAACCAGGGCCUGAGGAACGGGGGAGGCAUCGGGGACGUCCUCAGGAACCCUUCCAACAAGGAGUCGUUGUUUGUGUUCCGAGUGAUGUACGACCUGCUCUUCUUCUUCGUCAUCAUCAUCAUCCUGCUGAACCUCAUCUUCGGUAUCAUCAUCGACACCUUCGCCGACCUGAGGAGCGAGAAGCAGCAGAAGGAGGAAAUCCUCAAGAACACUUGUUUCAUCUGUGGUCUGAACAGAGCAGCUUUUGACAACAAGUCUGUGUCGUUUGACGAGCACAUCAAGGAGGAACACAACAUGUGGCAUUACCUGUUCUUCAUCGUGCUGGUCAAAGUCAAGGAUCCCACCGAAUUCACAGGACCAGAGAGCUAUGUGUACCUCAUGGUCAAGGACAAAGACUUGGACUGGUUUCCCCGGAUGCGUGCCAUGUCUCUGGCUGUAGACGAGGGCGACAGUGAACAGAGCGAGAGACAGAAUCUGCAGGCGCAGUUAGAGGCCACCACCAAACUGGUCACCACCCUGUCCACACAGCUGACCGAACUCAGGGAUCAGAUGACAGAGCAGAGGAAACAGAAGCAGCGGAUUGGUCUGCUGGCUCCACCUGGCCUCCCACAGAUCCCACCACAGUUCCAGCCACAACCACAGCAAGUCCUUCCACCUGCACCUGCCAACCCCUAAAGAAAUCCAAACCAAAACCCGACUUACACGCAGGCAAUAAACUAGGGGACGAAAAAUGCGUACACACUCAAGUGUAUGAAAAUUGUGUGUGUCAGAUUUUUCCUGUGUGUAAAGGAAAUAUUUGAUGUGCGCAGUUUAGUAUGCUCAUGUGCAUACACAGUUUUCGUACAUCAUGUUUUUGCCUGUGUGGGUAAAUCGGGUCCAACUUGGGUUGGCUGAAGUUUGGGAGCAGUCUAACUGGAUUUAGGCCACGCCAAAAUCUUUCUAUACAAAUCAAUUCAAAGUUGAAUUUGAGUCAAAUUUGACUGCCAACUAUGACCUGACAACUGCUGACCUACUCCCAAAUACCAGCCAACUACAUGUAGUCCCCAACCUCACAUCCACACCCAAAUGCUUUAAACCUUUUUAAACAUUCGGCUGAUGCGGCCAAACAGUGGCCGACCUUGCCAAACACCAGCCAACCACAGCUCCUAAAAAUGGUUGGUCGGAGUUUGGCAGUGUUCUGGUGGCAAGACUCGCUAAAGCACCAGUAUUACAAUUUUUUAGUCACUCCACCCCCACCCUUCCCUGUGUUGCCUACACACACAUACCCCAUCCUUGCCAAGUAACUCCUCCCAAUACGGUGGUUCUGAUUGGUUAAAAGUGGGCAGGCUAGUUCAUCUGGGCAAACGAUAAACUUGUUUACAUACAUGAUGAUAUGAAUAGAUUUUCUGUCCACCAGAGCAUAUUCCACACUUAUAUUUGUAGAUUUUAUUUUAUGUUGUUGCGUGCAAUGUAAGGAAUGGUGUUUUUGUUUUUGUUUUGUUUUCUAUUACAGGAGAGGAUGAGUGAUGUACUUUGGGUCCAAUAGGGAAAAUUUUAUGAGCUCAGUUACCACUUUUUUUAUCCCACCUAAAGUGAUGAAUAACAUAUUGGACAUUGGUAAGUGUCUAAUACCAAUAAUAUCAAUAGCAAAUCAAUUAUACUGCAUAUUAUUAGCUGUUAGGUUUUGCUAGCUACAGAAACAUAGUUUACCACAACUUUUUUUAUUGUUCACACAGGCAUUGUUACAAGUACAUUUCUUGAAAAGUAACUUACCAGUGGGCUGGAUCCACCAGCUAAAUGUGAGAGCCACUAUAACAAUGAAUUUAACAGUUCACUGUUGCAGCUGACUUUACUGUUUCCCAUGCAAGGUCACAACGAUUUCAGGUCACGAUGUAUUUUGGUGGUGAAUUGAUGAAAGGUGCAGCAGGACUAGUUUUUAGUUUUGACAAAAAGUCAGUCCUGUGCAGCCUGUACUAGAAUAGUAACUGUGAUGCACUGAAACUGAGCAAAGAUCAAAUAUUUGAGGGUUCGGUAUAAUUAGUGUAGUCCAGCCAAGUCCACAGUUGUGCAAAUGUGGCAUUUAGGUGUCAAGAAGUCCCUCAGUGGUAAAUAUUAGAAGGCUGCGCUGAAGGAAAUCUUUGUUCCCGAACUGAAACAUUUAGUAGUGAAACACAUGCUGCAUUCUUCUGGACACAUGUUGUGUUAGUCUUUGUGCUUAACGUUAUAUGGAAAGUACAUAGUACAAUUUAUCGCACAGCAAAAUUAUGGAAGUCAUUGAUGUAGGGAGGUAGGGCUUGUAGGCAAAUUGCAAUACUAGUAUCUAGUAGCUUAUUCACACUUGAUAAUCAUAUUAUAUGUUAGGUAGAUGUACUGAAUACCCAAAGGUUUACUGUGCAUAGAACAUGCUACUUUCAAGGUAACGUGAAGUGUGAUUUAGAAUUGAUAUUGUCAGUGAACACUAAAGAUGCCAACUUUAAGAUGUAACUGGGUAUUAUAGUGGAUGGUGCUGGAAAGAAUAGAGCAUCCAGAAACGGCACAAAUAUACUGGUACCGGGAUUUCACAAGUAGAUUCACAGAAGGUAAGAUACUUUUAAAAUCUAUGGGGCCUCUAGACAUCCUUGUAUACUUCAGACAUCCUUGUGGCAAAGAAACUCCAUCUAUUUUUAUACAGGCAUGCAACUGUAUGUAGGAGAUACUUUUUAGAGUAGGCCAAAGACAAGAAAUAUUCACCUCAUAUUAGUAAAAUGUAGCCUUAAAUACAGUAAGGUAGAAGAUUAUCAAUGCAAAGUACUAGUAGGUUGAAAUGCCAUUCCAUAGAACCGAAGUGCAGUUUCCAGUAGGGACCAUAUAGAGACUCUAAUUUCUCUUGACUAUAUGCCAAGUAUAAUCAAGGAGGUUUUGUCUUGAUAAAACCUCCUUGGUAUAAUAGCUAAAGUAAUGUGAUUAUGACUUUUAAUCAUUAUCUAGAGUUAAAUUACUCUAGUCAAUUGAAUCGUUGUUUCUAUACAUGUACCAUGGCAAUAACGUAUAGCUUUACCUUUACUGGUAGUGAACUAGUUAACAAAUCAAACUUGAAGGUAUAAAAUAAUGGGGAAAACAUGAUAUCUUCAUCAAUAUGUACAGAAAAUAUACAAUUUAUUCACAAGUGUCAUUUCGUAGUGUUGGCUAUAACGGUCGAAAUGUUACGGCAAGUUGCUUCUUUGCUGUAACUUAUAACAAGUAUAUUGUAUGCAGAAUUAUGGUACAUGAUGAAAAAGGACUAUAAACUCCAAAUAUUACUGUAAUAUUCAUAUCCCAGAGUCAUAGUUUUGAAAAUAGAGCUUAUUAAAUCUGUUAAUAUUUCUUGAAGAUAGAAUUUAUAAAGCUGUGUAUUAUCAGAGGGGAGAUAUGCAAUGUUUUGUUCAGGAAAAAUUGUAUGACGUGGUUGCUAAAUGGCAGAACUAUUUUGUAAAGUUGUGAUGUGGAAAAUGGUGGAUGUUAUUUGGAGAUGAAAUUACUGAGCAAGAUAAACCACUAGUUUGCAUA